AUGAAUCCAGAGGAGCAAACUGUAACCUGGCUUAUUUCCUUAGGAGUUUUAAAUUCCCCUAAGAAAAUAGUAGAGGAUCCAGGAGAGUUCCUGAAAACUUCUCUGAAAGAUGGGACUGUGCUUUGUAAACUCAUUAAUCGGCUUCUUCCAGGAUCUGCAGAGAAGUAUUGCUUGGAGCCUAAAAAUGAAGCUGAUUGCAUCAGUAACAUCCAAGAGUUCUUGAAAGGCUGUGCAGCCCUUAAAGUGGAGGUGUUUGAUCCGCGGGAUUUGUACACCGGAGAACAGUUCUCCAAGGUCCUGAGUACAUUAACAGCUGUAAAUAAAGCUACUGAAGAUCAGCCAACACCGGGGCCAUGUUCGCAUCUCUCGUCUCUUAGCUCUGCAGCUGGAGGUCCCCACACCGACUCCACCAGCACAGCUUCACAGUCAGCGAGGGUGUUGAGGAGGCAAUCCAAGCCUGUGGAGAUGACCGAGAAUGGCACUCAUCAGCUGGUGGUAAAGGCCAGGUUCAAUUUUAAACAGACCAAUGAAGAUGAACUCUCUGUUAACAAAGGAGAUAUUAUUUAUGUCACCAGGGUCGAAGAAGGGGGCUGGUGGGAAGGGACCCUGAAUGGAAAAACAGGCUGGUUCCCAAGCAACUACGUCAGAGAAAUCAAAUCCAGCGAUAAACCACUCUCCCCCAAAGCAUUAAAAGGACUCGAAAGCACUCAGCUGACAAAGAAUUAUUACCCUGUGGUGUUGCAAAAUAUUCUGGAAACAGAACGAGAUUAUGCGAAGGAACUGCAGUCACUUCUGGGAACUUACUUAAGACCCCUCCAGUCUUAUGAUAAGCUCAGCGCUGUGGACAUUGCAUCGCUACUGGGAAACGUGGAAGAAAUCUCUGCAUUCCAGCAAACCCUGAACCAAGCCUUGGAAGAAGUUGCAAAGCUCCCUGAGAACCAGCAGCGUGUGGGAGGCUGUUUCAUGAACCUGAUGCCCCAGUUCCGCUCCCUGUACCUGACCUACUGCGCUAACCACCCCUCGGCGGUCAGUGUCCUCACGCAGCACAGUGAUGAGCUGGAGAAGUUUAUGGAGAGCCAGGGGGCUGCCAACCCUGGCAUCCUCAUCUUAACCACAAGCCUCAGCAAACCCUUCCUGAGACUGGACAAAUAUGUGACACUGCUGCAGGAGCUGGAGCGGCACAUGGAGGAGGCGCAUGCGGAUCACGAAGAGAUUCUGAAAGCCAUCACAUCCUUCAAGUCCCUUGUGUCACAAUGCCAGGAGCUGAGGAAGAGGAAGCAACUGGAGCUGCAGAUCCUUUCUGAAUCCAUCCAGCGCUGGGAAGGAGAGGACAUAAAAACAUUGGGAAAUGUCAUCUACAUGUCCCAGGUUAUGGUACAGUGUGGGGGGAGUGAGGAGAAAGAGGAGCGCUAUUUCUUGUUGUUUCCCAGCGUUCUGCUGAUGCUGUCUGCCAGCCCACGGAUGAGUGGGUUCAUCUAUCAGGGAAAGCUGCCUUUGACGGGCAUGAUGCUGACAAAGCUGGAAGAUGCUGAAGGGAGCGAGCACAUGUUUGAAAUCACAGGGAACAUGAUGGAGAGGAUCACCGUGUCGUGCAGCACCAGCCAAGACUUGCACGAGUGGCUUGACCACUUGCAAAGGCUGACCAAGGGGACCUGCAACACUGUGUCCAAAACACAGUCCUGGAGCGUUCACUCGACAUUUAGUUCAGCUGGACAGAUCCGUGGACCUCUGGAACCCCCCAAAAUCCUAAAGCCCUGGAGCUUGAGCUGCCUCCGUCCUGCUCCUCCGCUCAGACCCUCGGCAGCGUUGAGUUACAAAGAGAGGAUGUCUUAUAUCUUAAAGGAUUCCAGCAAAAGUCCAAAAACAAUGAAGAAGUUUCUUCCAAAAAGGAAAACUGAGAGAAAACCAUCAGAUGAAGAGUUUGUUAUCCGGAAAAGUACUGCUGCACUGGAAGAAGAUGCUCAGAUCCUGAAGGUGAUCGAAGCGUACUGUACCGGAGCAGGCUUCCAGCAAGCUCUCAGCUCAGGCUCCCGUAAAGACUCCAUCCCCCAAGUCCUCCUUCCUGAGGAAGAGAAAAUCAUCAUAGAGGAAACACGAAGCAAUGGCCAGACAGUCACAGAGGAAAAGAGCCUCGUUGACACUGUUUAUGCACUGAAAGAUGAAGUCAAAGAACUGAAGCAGGAGAACAAAAGGAUGAAGCAGUGUUUGGAGGAAGAGCUUAAAUGCAGGAAGGACUUGGAGAAGCUGGUGAGAAGACUGCUGAAGCAGACAGAUGAGUGCAGCAGCAGCAGCAGCAGGGAGGAGACUGGGCGCAAGUCGUCGCUGAUCGCCUGAACUGAGGGGGAGAAGCUGCUGGCAGUGGUGUGUUGGAGACCUCAGGUGUUUUGCUUGUUGGGUUAUUUUGCUGUUUUGGAAAGCCUCUUCUUGCUCUUUGUUUUGUUGGUUUGGGGGGAAUUUUAUUUACCAAAAAAAAAAAGAAAAGUCAUAGGAAAAAAACCCAAACAAAACCCAAACAAACCAAAACAAAAACAAAGGGAAGUUUUUCUUCCAUCCACUAAGGAAAUAAAGCAGGAACAAUCCAUCCCAGCUAAAGCAGUAAGUGAGCGGUCCACGAUUCACAAUUCGUCUGCAGCAACUAAUACCUCACAUCCUACCUGCUCCUGGCAGCAGAAGGCAAACUCUGGCUGCUGCUUGCCCCUGGCAGAAAGGGUUGGCAGCAGUUAAGUUUCCUGAAGGAAGCUUAAGCACUUUGCAAUGCUCUCAUUCUUUUCCGAAGCACCGGUACCUAUUUAUUGAAUGAAAAACAUCACUGAGGUGGCAGCGAGCAGCAGCCAAACCAAGUAAAUAGAAAGCACCACGCUCCUCGCUUCAGAUAAUCACAGCUGGGGGAGGCUUUGCCCACCCACUUUCUUUCUCCCUCUUAGUUGACUGUAGCUAACCAGAGCCCAGCAAUACUGUGGUUCCCGUGUGGCCUUGAUCACUGAUUAAAAUGUGCAAUUAACCUGAAGGCAUUUGAACCCCUCGGGGAGGGAAGUCAGCUCUGGAGUGCCUGGCAGAGCGCAGGGGAAGGUCUGGGGCGCAGUGCUGCCUCCUAACAGCUCCAUCGGCGCAACAGGUAGCUGCUGUUCUGCUCCAGCCCAACCCUUUUCUUAACGCAUGACCCUUGCGUUGUUUUCACGUCCAGUGUCCAGGUAUGAGUUGAUAGUUUUGCUGUGCUUCCCCUUGCAGGAUGUGCUGCUCUCUGGAUGAAAUGUAAGCACUUGCUUGACAACAACAAAAGGACCCCCAAAAGUGUCGGUUCCUUGCUCCCUUCUGCCCACCCUAAGCAUUCCAAAGCUCCUUCCCAAAGCUCAGUGGCCACUUCUCCCCUCCCCCCUCCCCCCGCCCCGAUUGCCCCAAAGGGGCUUUCGACUAAGGAAAAAGGAACUUUUUCCCGUGGGAUAGGAAAGGGAUUUAUGUUAAUGCUUUGACAGAAGCUGGAAUGCUCCUGGGGCAAGGAUGUGCAACACACUUCCAGAUCCCUGCGCAGCAUCUCCAACCCAGCACACAGGCAACAUGCAUAUGUAUCAGCUGUCUUCAUCUUACUUGGUGUUAGAGCCUAGUUUAGGACUGAUGUUCUCCUUCCUUCCUUCCUUAGCAGCAUUAUAAAAGUAACCUUCUGUUUUUAAAGUUAAGGAUAAGUUCUACAUAUAUCACAGGGCAGCGUGGUCCCAGGGUGUGCAGAGACACCACAGCUCAGCACAGUCAUCGCCCUUAUGUUGGUCGUGAAGGACACAAGAGGCAAUAAUUGCAGCUCCCUCCUUGCCAUUAACAUCUAACCAGAGCACAGCAAAUGGUGUCUGGGCAGAACUAGGCUCAAAAACAUCACAAGGAGUGUGAAAAAGAAACCUUCUCCUUGAGAGACCUGUUCUAGUGGGAGGUGUCCCUGCCUAAGGCAGGAGGUUGGAACUGGAUGAUCUUUCAGGUCCCUUCCAACCUAAACCGUUCUGUGACUCUCUCUCAAUGCCAGCUCUUUCUAGGACAGCCCAGAGGGCUUUUUUUAUCCAGCUCUGGCUACAUUUGCCAUCUCCAGAGCACCCCAGCCGGAUGGCAGCUCCCCACACCCACACCCAGGCAUGCUUUGGUCAGCAGUCAAGCCCUGCCGGGCUGGAUUCCAGGAUAACGACCUUCUGGCUGCACUCUGAGCUGGGAUGCUGUGCCCGCUCAGCCCAGCACUGACUGCUGCUGCUGCCUGCGCAGAGGUGGGCUGGGGGCCGGGCUGGUGAUGUGCAGCCAGUGCAAGGCAGCAAGCAGAGGGCAGUCCGAGGAGAGGGUAGGGCUGUCUCCUCGCUGCGCCCGCGGCUUGGUCCAACCCCCCCCCCCCCCCCCCCCAGCGCUGUGUACAUACGCAGAUCUGGGAGGUGUCACUCGAUGGAUGGAGGGCACACUGGGACCGUUUGGAUCAAGGGUUUGUCAAGAGCUAGAAGCCAAAAAACGACAAGAAAAUAAAACCAAGAGGAAAAGAAGCCAUGCCGGAUGGACAGCAAUGUUCCCACAUUUACUUUUGUUUACAGUGCUUUUGUAAAUAGGUUCCAGUGAGUCUGUCUUUAGGGAGGAUGUUGUGUCAGCUGCCUUCCAGUUUAUCUUGGUCAUGUAGGUUUCUUUAACUACUUAUGCAAGGUCAACUUUUCUAACAUGUUUUUAUUUUGGACAGGUUUUUUAAUUGACAUUUUCGACAAAUAAAGAAGGAUGCAAAAGUUUGCUUCUUA